GCUGCUUAUAUACGUGUCCUCACUGUGUUCGACGACAUCGAACAACAUUCGAUAGUAGUCCCUCGUGUCCACUUUACUUCAUCAGAGCAGCUAUGUUUGGCUACGUAAGCAUAGAUAUCCCCUUAAGGGCGAGGCAUGUUGGAUACCCCGAAACACACGGCGGAGAAAAGUUUCAUCGGGACAGUGACAGCAGCGAGUCGUCAAAGUCGAGCGAAAAUUCUUCCUCUCCCGUUGCUUCGCCCGCUGCGACACCGGAGCCCUCCAAAGAGCAAGUGUCGAAAUCGACGCCAGAACCCUCAUCGUCAGCGUCACCCGGCUUGACGCCUUCUCCAGGUACCGGAGGCAGCACUGGUGAAACGGAAGAAGAGGACGAGGAAGAAGAAGACGAUGAAGACGAAGAGGAAGAGGAAGAUGAGGACGAGACUGCCCCCGAAGUGCGGGAACGUUCUUCCAGUAUUGUGCUAGUAUGUCUGCUCUCUGUGCUGCUCGUCCUGAGUGUUGGAACGCUUGUGGGCGUUGCUCAGCUCCUGCAGUUGGAAUUCUGGGGUAAAGCCAAAGCAACCACCGAACCAGAUUACACGGGCGGCCCAAAUUCAUGCCCAUUAGUCGUCUGCAGUGAAAGUGUGGGUUUCAUUGAGAAGUUGGUACCUCAUAUGUGUAACGACAUCUACGAAGCCGUCUGCAAUUCCGAACUGAAGCCUCUGCAGAAUUACAUCGUGGAAACAUUCGAGACUCGCGUGUCGGACUUUGUUCAAGCUGCCCCUCAACCUGAAGAAGGCUCUCUCGGAUCCCAGCAAGCGAUCACUGGAUUUGUCAAAAGUUGCAUCGCUCGAGGAAGCACUUCUCCGUCAUCGCCACCGGAUCUUGAGAUUCUCAGCGCCAUAGGCAGCCAGACGGUAACAGAAAUCAUGUCCCACCUGUUCGUUCAAUACUCCGUCCUUCCGUUCUUCACCGUCGUCAAGACGUCCGCUACUGACGUUUUUCUGGCUGGCCUAAAUCCCUUGGCCGAGUACGAGCUCCGGAAGGAUUACGCUACGCAUAUUCUGACCAACUGCCUCGGCCACGUGGAUGCUAAAUUGAUACCCACGGUUACCACUCAGAGCAACGCCAUUCUCACCAGUCUCGAGACGUUGAUCACCAGCCUAACUGAUGAACAACAAAUUCAGCUGACCCUUGCUGAAACUUGGCAUGACGAACAGGACGCUGUCAUACCCACUGUGGUCGGCCCCAAGUGGUCAUGGAAAAAAUUCUUUUCCGAGACGUAUGCCAUGGCGGCUCCAAAAGUGAAGGUGGUCAAGGAACACAAGGUUUACAUCAAUAAGAUCGGUGAAUUCAUUGCUCAGAAUGACCUGGCGGUGGUCAACUACCUGCGGCUAGUGGCGUUUGCAAAGAUCGCUGUCGUUACCGGGCACUUUCCCAUCUGUUCCGAGCCCAGUCACGGAAAAGAGCCAAGGAGGCGCCUGAUAGCGUGUCUGCGGCUGGCAGAAAACAUCUCGGUAAAAGGAACGAUCAAGCUCCUCGCCAUGGCAGUCUAUCACUUAACGGACCACGCGUACAAUGAACAGGCAAUGAAGUACGCAGCUCACCUGGGUGUAUUGAAGCACGGCACCCAUUUCGCUACUCAGUUCGACGAACUGCGAUUCGUCCCAAAUGCAGGCCGGGACGUAACGGUGCUGUACAAGAAAGACCCUCUGGAAAUGUAUAUCGCAGUCGCAAAACACAAGAUUGAUAGAACACAACUGAUGAGGUUCGUGGCUUCAAACGUCGAGUUUUCGAGCAAGUAUGACUUCGCAUUUAACAAGAAGUCUCUACAUAUACCAUUUCUUCUGACGAUACCAGCAGUGACUGAAAGCCUCCACAACACCAAAUAUACCUAUCCAUUAAUUCUUCCGCAUCUGUAUGACGCCAUGUCGAGAGCUAGAGACGCAGAUAUAGAGGAUCCCAUGAAGUGCAUGUUCGACAACAUCAAAGAUGCUUACAAUAAGCUGGCUGGCAAGGACUUACCUGAAAUUGCUACGUGGGAAAAGGCAGAAUGGUUCAUUGCCGUCCACGGAAUCCACUUGGCAUUUGUGCCAUUUCACUUCCAGGACUACCAGAACUACGGGAGGCUACUGGUGUAUGACCUGAGGAUCUUCUUUAUACUAGUUACACAGUACUACUGCUCUGACGUGCCAAAUUUGCCUGACCCACGAUUCGGAGACUACAAGACAAGAAUUCAUACAUUCUUGAAGAGCAGCAAAGUAUUCACCGACACAUUUGAGUGUAAAGAAGGGGACGAGUUAUUAUUUGAAGGCACGGAAUGCUCAUAGCCGCAAGAUCUGCUUUUCCAAACCUUUAUUGACACAACAACUACCAGGGGCGUUUCUUGCCUCGAGGUUUCUUCAUGCUGCUCUUUUCCCCUUUCCUCUUCUUUUCUGAUCUGUUCAUCCUCGCUGACCUGAAACGGACAUAGCAAUCAUUACUAUCAUUAUUACUACGGCUACUUUAAUGCUAUUUAAUGCAAACAAUAUAAUCCUGAAAACAAUGGUGAUUAAUGCGAGAUUGAUUAAAUAAACAAAUAAUCAUUUUCAAAU